CUUGAUGGAAGCUCCAAUCUUCUUCCAUCACCAGGACCGAUUUAAAACCUCAGUUUUUCCACAAAAACCCUAAUCCUUAAGGAGAAGGGGGGAGGGGGGGGAUUUCAAUUGGCUGCCAAAUUUGUAUCCACAGGACUGUAUUAAGGCGGCAGCCAAUUGAAGGACGGGAUGUUGGGUGGUGCGUGGAACAAUAUAGCCAAGUCGGCGGAGGCCGUCUUGUCGCAGUUGGCCCUGAAGAGGUUGUUUAAGUUCUUGUUGAAGAGGACACUGGGGCAAUUCAUUCUUGGAGAGAUUGACUUGGAACAACUUGAUGUACAGCUUUCUAACGGUACCGUCCAGCUCUCCGAUCUCGCCCUCAACGUCGAUUAUCUGAAUAGCAUGUUUGGUGCAGCAGCAUCAAUGGUUAUAAAAGAAGGAUCUAUUGGUUCGUUGUUAGUUAAAAUGCCUUGGAAAGGUAAAGGAUGUGAGGUUGAGAUUGAUGAACUUGAACUUGUGCUUGCUCCAUGCAUGUCGAAUAAUUUGUCAACUUCAGAUGAAAAUUGCAACUUAAAUGAGGAUGAUAAGCACUUUGUGUGCAGUGAAAAGGAAAAACUUGGGAAUGAUGUACCGGAAAAUGCUGGGAGAUCUAUCUCCAGUGAUGUUCAUGAAGGUGUAAAGACAAUUGCAAAGAUGGUGAAAUGGUUCCUUACAAGCUUUCAUAUAAAGAUUAAGAAGCUAAUCGUUGCACUUGAUCUGUAUUUGAAGAAAGGUGAAGGGGAAAUUGGUUCAGAAAGGACUUUGGUUCUUCGGGUAUCAGAAAUAGAAUGUGGGACUAGUAUUUCUGAAGAUGGUGAUCCAAAGAAUGAAGGAAAAGUGCAAAGCUGUCUUGGAAUAAGCCAACUUACCAACUUUGUAAAAUUUCAAGGAGCAAUACUUGAACUUCUCUACAUGGAUGAUAUUCCUGAUCAAUCACGCUUUCCCUGCACAUUGGGAACCACGUUUGAAUUGGGAGUUGCACUUGAGAAGCAAAAGUCAAGAUUUCUUUCACAAUUUGCACUGAGUGUUGACCACUUUUUUGAGUGCUUUGAUGGAAUGAGAAGUUUUCAAACAGCAUCUGGAAGCAGUGGAAUUUGGGAUUGGACAUGUUCUGUUUUCAGUGCAAUAACGGCUGCAUCCAGCCUCGCAUCUGGAUCUCUGCAUUUACCUUCUGAACAGCAGCAUGUUGAAACUAAUUUGAAAGCAACCUUUGCUAGAAUUUCUAUUAUAUUUUCCCUUCAUGAUGAAGAUUGGAAUCAUAUGAAUGAUCAGAAUGGUCAGAUUCAUGUUGGCUCGAAUGUUCAUUGUCUGGAAGCCAAAUGCAGUGAAUUUUUUCUUGCUAUGCAGGUAUGUCCUCAAGAACUGAGAUUGGGAGGAACAAUGAAGCAUAUGGAAGUUGCUGAUUACCUAUGCCGGCAAAAUAAUGUGGAGAGUUGUACUGAUUGUAAUGGCAGUCAAACUCUUUUGAUUAAAAGUCUUCAAGCUGAAGUUCAAAGCACUCUCCCUUCUUUUUCCAUGUAUGCAGAUGAUACCGUAUUGGAUGAAUUGUGUGGGUUAUUUGCUCAUUCUCCAUUCAUGAAAAGGGGUGAUGUUGUCAAAAUUGUGUUGUUUAGAACUUUUGGUGCAACUCCUUGCCAAUUUACUGUGAACUCAAGUUCCUCAGAUGACAGUUUUUUGGUGCCAACAUCAUUUUCAUUGAAACUACCCCCUCUGAUUUUCUGGUUGAACUUCUGUUCAAUAAAUAUGUUGUUGGAUCUGUCAAAGGAUGUUGGAAAAUCAAUUGAAAUGAAUAAUGGAGAGAAAACAGUUUCAUGUGAUGCAAGCAAUGACAAGUGUGAAUCAUCUAAUGGGCAUGUGAAAAGAGCUUCUGGCCCCUCUGGUAUUUCAACUUUAUCAUCAACGAAAACUGUACAGGGUGAUGUAUCUAUUCCAAAUGCAAGAAUAAUUCUAUGUUUCCCUUUCAAGAGUGGUGGGGAUGAUGGAGGAUAUUCUUUGUGGGAUCAGUUUAUUGUCCUUGAUAUUUCUUCGCCAUCAAAUUCAGAUGGUGGAAUAAUCCAAGUUGCAAUACCACCUUUAGAUGGAAGUUUGGAGAAACGGGUUUCUUCAAUGGCCAGUGGUUCUUUGCACUUGAAUAUUGGUAAUCUUGAUAUUUACUUGGUUGCUCAAUCUAGUGAAGAUGUGGGAACUGAUUCUUGUGGUAUGCAGCAGUAUAAUUUUUCUGCUCAGAAUAUUUUGUCUGUCAGCAACAGGACGGGGUGUUUUUCUGUAAUUAGUCUGCUUUGGCAGGAAGGUCCUGUGACUGGUCCGUGGAUAGCAGAGAGAGCCAAGCUCUUAGCUACUCAGGAGAAGACAAGGAGCGGAAAUAAAUGCAUGGAGAAGGGUUAUGAGUUUGCUACAGUAACUUUGUUGAGAGAUCUGGAAGAUUUAAAUUCCCAAAUACAAGAGGAGAUAAUUCUGAGCUCUUCAUUUCUUGUGCACAUUCAUCUGUUUCCAGUGAAAGUGAAUCUAGGCAUUUCUCAAUAUAGUGGGUUACAUUGCCUAUUAAACCAGAUGAUCACUGAGUUCUCAUGCUUGACUCACAGUGCAAUUGAUGUCAAGGAAGAACCUUCAACGUCUCAAACAUCAAUUCUACUGGAGUGUGAGUCUGUAGAAAUUUUAAUCAGACCUGAUACUGUGGAAAAUGUGAAAUGUUCAAUGCAGAGUGAACUUCCAGGAUCGUGGAGUUGUCUAAAACUGAAAGUUCAGAAAUUUGUUUUGCAUUCUGUCUCAAAUAUUGGAGGUAUUAGUGGUGCCAGUUUUCUUUGGAUAGCCCAUGGUGAAGGCACACUGUCAGGUUCUGUUACUGAAGUUCCAGAUCAGGAGUUUCUGCUUAUCUCAUGUACCAAAUCUACAAUGAAACGUGGUGAUGGAGGAGGUUCAAAUGUGUUAUCAUCUAGGCUAGCUGGUUCUGAUAUAGUACACCUAUGGGAUCCAGAGAGAUUCCAUGGAUUUACAUCUAUAAGUGUGAGAUGCAGCACAAUCAUUGCGGUAGGUGGUCGUUUGGAUUGGCUGGAAUCAAUAACCUCAUUUUUUAGUCUGCCUUCUCAGGAGCCAGAGCAGGCUGUUAACAGUGUUUUACAUAAGGAGGAUUUGGAUGUUCCUUGUGGCACUUCUUUUGUCCUUAGUUUGGUUGAUAUUGCUUUGAGUUAUGAGCCGCAGUUUAGGAAUUCGACCGUCUGUGUUGAAGUUCUUGUUUCGGAGUCUGGAUCUUCAGAUGCCAAAGAAGGGAUGGUUGAGCCUCACGUAGCCUGCCUGUUAGCUGCAUCUUCCCUAAAUCUUUCAAAUACCUUUGCUGCAGAUUUUAGGGGCAAUGAAUAUAAAAUUAGAGUUCAAGAUCUGGGUCUGCUACUUAGUGCAGUCUCAGAGCAUGAAAAGCUUAUUGGUAGAUAUGAUGUAGAGCAUCUUCAUGAGACUGGCUAUGUUAAAGUUGCACAUGAGGCACUUGUGGAAGUGGUGUUGAAAACUAACUCUGAGAAUGGCCCUCAGUGGGAGUUGGAAUGUUCUAAGUCUCAAAUUUAUGUGGAAACUUGCCAUGAUACCACCAAUGGUCUGGCUUGCUUGUCUGCUCAACUGCAAAAAUUAUUUGCACCUGAUGUGGAGGAAUCAGUUGUGCAUUUACAGACUCGGUGGAAUAAUGUUCAGCAGGCACAACAGAGGAAUAUUUUCAUUGACCAAAGUGGGAUCUCCAAUUGUGAUUAUGCUCCAUCAACUUCACAAAUAUAUUCUGCUAACAUGGAAACAGAGAGCAAUAGUGGAGGGGUUGGUUUGAUGGAUGAGAUAUCUGAAGAUGCUUUCCACUUAAAUGGGAGUCAUACUUGCCAAUUUGAGUCAUCUCCGUCACGGUCCCAUUCUUCUAUUGAUGAAAGUGUUAAUGAAGAAACCUGUAGCUUAAGUUUUGAUGAUGCUGAGAUUUUGUCAUGGGAUUUAUCUGUUAAUGAAGUGAAUCCAGAAAGUGGAAAUGGUGGAUGGUAUGGGGAUGCUCCAUUAAGAAUUGUAGAAAACCACAUUUCAGAAGCAAGUGAGAAAGCUAGUUUGAACCAAAUUUUGGAUGGCAAGCUUUCAUCUGGUGACUAUACGAUAAUUGAUGCUAUUGUAAAAGUCAUUGGUUGUGUACGUCUGAAGAAUAUUAAUGUUAGGUGGAGAAUGUAUGCAGGCUCUGACUGGCAUGAAUCUAUAAAGAAUGGUGAGUGCUCCACAAAUAUGCAUGGAAGGGACAGAACUGUGUUUCUAGAGUUUGCGUUAUCUGGGGUGGAAUGUCAAUAUGACGUCUUCCCAGCUGGUGUUGUAUCUGUGUCAAAGCUUUCUCUUUCAGUCCAGGAUUUGCACCUUUAUGACAAGAGCUCAGCUGCACCCUGGAAACGAGUGUUAGGUUGUUAUAAUUCAAAAGAUCAUCCUAGAGAAUCGUCUUCAAAAGCGUUCAGGCUGGAGUUAGAAGCUGUUAGACCAGAUCCAUUAAUACCUCUUGAGGAGUACAGGUUAUGCAUUGCUUUCCUUCCUAUGCUGCUACAACUUCAUCAAAGCCAACUUGAUUUUCUAAUAAGCUUUUUUGGAGAGAAAAUCCUAUCAACUGAACAGUCACUGGAUUCUCUUCCAGAGCCUAGUUUGUCAGUGAGGAGUAAUAAUCUUGCAGGCCAUACCAUUGUGGAAGAAGCAUUGCUUCCUUAUUUCCAGAAAAUUGAUAUAUGGCCUAUCCUGAUUCGAGUUGAUUAUAGCCCCCACCGUGUUGAUAUAGGAGCAUUGAAAGUUGGGAGAUAUGCUGAACUAAUGAACAUUUUCCCCUGGAAGGGAAUUGAGCUAGAACUCAAACAUGUUCAUGCCAUUGGUAUCUAUGGUUGGGGUGGUGUAGGUGAAACUAUUAUAGGGGAGUGGUUGGAGGAUGUUUUUCAAAAUCAGAUUCAUAAAGUUUUGCAAGGCUUUCCUGCCAUUCGAUCAUUUGUUUCUGUUGCUGAUGGUGCUAAGAAGCUGGUUUCUUUGCCACUUGAGAGCUAUAGGAAGGAUCAGAGGGUACUCAAGGGAAUCCAAAGGGGCGCAAUUGCAUUUCUUAGAAGUAUAUCACUUGAGGCUGUUGGGCUUGGUUUGAAUUUGGCAACAGGGGCUCAUAACAUUUUGCUCCAAGCAGAAUAUUUAUUUUCAAGCAGUACGCCUGAGUCAUUGUAUUUGGAAAGCAAGAUGGAUACAAAUUUGAGAUAUAAUCAACCAAAGGAUGCCCAACAAGGAAUUCAACAGGCUUAUGAGAGUAUCAGUGGUGGCCUUGAGAAAUCUGCAUCUGCUUUGGUUGGGACACCCUUGAAAAAUUACCAGCGAGGGGCCAGUGCUGGAGCUGCAUUGGCAACUGCAGUUCGGGCAGUUCCUACAGCUGCUAUAGGUCCAGCUUCUGCUUGUGCAAGUGCCAUACGAUAUACUUUUCUUGGCCUGAGAAACAGCCUUGAUCCUGAACGAAAGAAAGAAUCAAUGGAGAAAUAUUUGGGUCCAACACAGCCGCAGGAUCAAAAGUAGCCAACGUUAUCUGUUAUGAUAGUACUUACCCACAUUUGCUUUUGCUCUACAAUAGAAAUUCAUCCAUGGCUUAUUAAGAGCACUUGGCAUGGACUUCAAGUUGAAUUAUUGAGGCCAUCGUCAUGGAGCUUGAUUUGGCAAAAACUGCAGGCAGCCCCAUAUUUCACGUGUAUAGUUAAGCAAGCAAUCAAAAACUGAUUCUUUCCAGUCGGAACAAAAUGAGACUGGAAUUUUGUACAAAAUGUAAAUAUGGAAUGUGAUUGGGGCCAUCUUCAGACUUCAUCCUCACAGAUGAGUUGUUGUAAUUAUAGUAACCUGAUUGAGAUAGUGAGCUGUAUGGUGUCGUUUUUCUUUUUGAAGUAUAUCUUCCAUUGUAUAUAAUCUUCUGCGUGUUGUACAUAACUCAUUGUCAUAUUAUUUUAAGCAAGAAAAACAAAACGAAAAA